AUGGCGUCAUCCGACGUUUCAGAGUACACCAAAGGCAUUGCCAACGGUAGCGAAAAUUUGACACCGAAGCAACGAACACACCCUAGUCCAUCUGCCCUGGCUCACCUUGUGCUUCGAACCACGAAAGACAACUACAGGACCAUGGUCAACUUCUACAAGGACAUGCUACAGGCAAAAGUAGUAAUCGAGACAGAUGAAUUCUGCAUGUUACGAUACGAUUUUGAGCAUCAUAGAAUUGCCAUAGCACACAUGCCGCAUAUUAAAUCUCAAUCGACGAGUCCAUUCGCUGCCGGCCUCGACCAUACCGCCUUCACUUAUGAAACCUUGACCGAUCUGGCACGGACCUAUCGUUCUCUCAAGCAGCGGAAGGUACCUGUCGUUCCCCUCUGGUGUGUCAAUCACGGAAUGACCACGAGCAUGUAUUACCACGACCCUGAUGGUAACAAGGUGGAACUGCAGGUGGACAAUUUCGACACCCCGGAGGAGGCUGACAGUUUCAUGAGUAGUCCGUUGUUCAUUCAGAAUCCAGUCGGAACCGACUUUAAUCCUGACGAAUGGUCAGAAAGAAUUUUAAGCUCCAUGAACACGGACGGGAGCGAAGGUCUUUCAGCAAAGGAGCGAAAGCAAAUCAAGACUAGGAUAGAGAUAGGUUCUCGGCCUUCGGUCCCUGCCUAUGUUCACGGUGUUGAGUAA